GCACUUCUCUCGUCUUUUCAACCACGAUCCGGUCACGAUCGGACCCAGACUUGUGCAACACGAACACUCACAGAGCUAUUCCGGCCCAAAAGCCAAUUGGCCAGAAAGCCAGAAAGGCAGAAAAGCAGAAAGCCAAACAGCCAAAAAGCCGGGCUUGCCAGUGAUCAGCGAUCGGCGAUCGGCAAUCAGUGGCUCAAAGCUUUUGUGGAUCGCAUUGGGCACUACCCCAGCAGAGCUUUCCAAAACCCACCACAGGUGCUCGAAAGAGACGUCGCCGCCGCCGCCGUGUAAUAAAAGAAGCAAUUUUGACUUCGUCUGGGGCUUUGGUGUCAGAGAGGGGUUCGAGAAAUUGUGCGCGGCAUCGUAGCAAACAGUGUAAAUGGAGCUUUGAUAGCGAUCGGAAGGACAAGACUAGAGCUCCAAGAAGUGUUUUUUUACCCAAAGUGUGUUUGCCAGGAAAAAAGAAACAUCGAUAUAAGACUCUAAAAAAGUGUGCAGCUAAUACCAGCGAUCGAUCCAAUCCCAACAGGUCCACCUAAAGAUGGCAAAACUGUUUGUGGUUUUUGCCGUUUUGGCUCUGGCGGCCUUUAACGAAGCCAGUGCCAGCGAUCCGCUCCUGCGAUACAAGCGACAGGCCACCACCGAGGAGACCAAGAAGGAGGAGUCCUUCGAGAAGGAGCUGUGCAAGGACAAGGACGCCGGCGAGUGGUUCCGCCUGGUGGCCGGCGAGGGCGACAAUUGCCGCGACGUCAUCCAAUGUACCUCAUCGGGCCUGCAAGCCAUCCGUUGCCCUGCUGGUCUGUACUUCGAUAUCGAGAAGCAGACUUGCGACUGGAAGGAGUCGGUGAAGAACUGCAAGUCCAAGAACAAGGAGCGCCGCGUGAAGCCCCUGCUCCAUACGGAUGAGCCCCUGUGCCAGGACGGAUUCCUCGCCUGCGGCGAUGGAAACUGCAUUGAGCGCGGACUCUUCUGCAACGGCGAGAAGGAUUGCUCGGAUGGAUCCGAUGAGAACACCUGUGAUAUCGACAACGAUCCCAACCGUGCCCCGCCCUGCGAUCCCGCCGUGUGCGUCCUGCCCGAUUGCUUCUGCUCGGAGGAUGGUACAUCGAUUCCCGGCGACCUGCCCGCCAAGGAUGUGCCCAUGAUGAUCACCAUCACGUUCGACGACGCCAUCAACAACAACAACAUCGAGCUGUACAAGGAGAUCUUCAAGGAUCGCAAGAACCCCAACGGCUGCUCCAUCAAGGCCACCUACUUCGUGUCGCACAAGUACACCAACUACUCGGCGGUGCAGGAGACGGCACGCAAAGGACACGAGAUCGCAGUGCACUCGAUCACGCACAACGACGAGGAGCGCUUCUGGUCGAACGCCACCGUGGACGACUGGGCCAAGGAGAUGGCCGGCAUGAGGAUCAUUACGGAGAAGUUCGCCAACAUUACGGAUAACUCGGUGGUGGGCGUGCGUGCUCCCUACCUGCGCGUGGGCGGCAACAACCAGUUCACCAUGAUGGAGGAGCAGGCCUUCCUGUACGACUCCACCAUCACCGCUCCGCUGUCGAACCCGCCACUAUGGCCCUACACCAUGUACUUCCGGAUGCCCCACCGCUGCCACGGCAACCUGCAGAGCUGCCCCACCCGAUCCCACGCCGUGUGGGAGAUGGUGAUGAACGAGCUGGACCGUCGCGAGGAUCCCGUCAACGAUGAGUACCUGCCCGGCUGCGCCAUGGUGGACUCCUGCUCGAACAUCCUGACCGGUGACCAGUUCUACAACUUCCUGAACCACAACUUCGACCGUCACUACGACCAGAACCGCGCUCCCCUGGGUCUGUACUUCCACGCCGCCUGGCUGAAGAACAAUCCCGAGUUCCUCGACGCCUUCCUCUACUGGAUCGACGAGAUCCUGGCCAACCACAACGACGUGUACUUCGUGACCAUGACCCAGGUGAUCCAGUGGAUGCAGAAUCCACGCACCAUCAGCGAGGUCAAGAACUUUGAGCCCUGGAGGGAGAAGUGCGUGGUCGAGGGCAAGCCCGCCUGCUGGGUGCCCAACACCUGCAAGCUGACCUCCAAGGAGGUUCCCGGGGAGACCAUCAACCUGCAGACCUGCGUCCGAUGCCCCAACAACUACCCAUGGGUCAGCGAUCCCACUGGCGAUGGUUUCUUCUAAGUCAGCGAUCUUAGCCCCAUGCCCCCCUUGAGCCCCGAGCUCUAACCCAAACUCUAACCCAAACUUAACCCAUACCUAUCACACACCAAACCCUAAGCCCUAGCCCAACACAAACUCGAUCGAUUAUCGCCCAUUUGAAUUUGAAUUGCAAGACUUUUACGAGUGCACUCGUACUCUCUAUUUGACUGAUUUCGAGGAUCAAGUCUUUGCUGUGUUACGGUUAUGUUAAAUCAAAAAUGAAAUGAAAUUCGACAUGAAGACAAAACAAAAGAUAUUCAAAACUGCAAGCCACAACAUCCGAACUUGUGUUUACACUCUUUUUUGUAGUUUUACGUUAAUUUGUAUGUGUAUAUUUAAAUAAAAGAAAAAAAAUG